CGGCGCGCACACGGCGCCGAUCGUGUGGUGACGGACGCGCUCUUCGCGGCCGCUCGAUCGCGACGGGGUGAGAGAGUGAGAAAAAAUAAAAAAUAAUCGAACGGAGGCCCAUUGCGGAAGCGUGGACCGCGCCGGGACGUGCGCGACGACAACAACGGCGACGUGUCGAUCCGCCCGAACGCGGCCGUGGGUGAAAUUGCGGUAAUGACGGAGCGCGCCUGAGAGAUCGAAACGGACGGAACGGAGGUACGACGUUGCGGAGCGAGCUGGUCGAAAAGCACUCGCGUAGUCGCGUCGCCCGAAUCCUCCGACGAUGGUCACGCGCCGACUGAUAGCUCGGUCGGGAUAAACGGACGAGGUAUAUCGGGGGAAUAUAUCGCGCGAUAAGAGACCGAGAGGAACAGCGAGCGGAGGCAAGACGACCCGCGCUCGACAGUUCGAAAGCCGACAGAAUGAUCGGGCCGUCGUCAGGGACAGCCGGCGAGGUCGCCGAGAGCCAGUGCUGUGCCUCCUCUAAGCGGAAGAUCUUCGAGGACCUGGACAUCGACAGCUCGAAGCGAAAGGUUUUUGACGAGCUGGAUAUCGACAGCCCCAAGCGAAAGGUCUUCGACGAGCUGGAUAUCGACAGCCCCAAGCGAAAGGUCUUCGACGAGCUGGAUAUCGACAGCCCCAAGCGAAAGGUCUUCGACGAGCUGGACAUCGACGGCUUCUGCGAUGACAUUCGCCAGACAGGCCGCAAGCACUACCUCCAGGAGCUGGAAACGCCAGUGGAGCUGGUGGCUACGUCGAACGAUAUCAUCGCCAACGCGGCGGCCCUCUUCUCGCCGAUGUCCGGCCAGGAGGCCGUCGAGGAGUCGCAGGUGGCCCGUCUGGAGGUGCUGCUGGUGGACGGCACCAAUUGCACCUGGACGACCGUGUCGGAUCUGGAGCAACAGCAGAACCUGGACGUCCUCGUGACGUCGUCUUCUUCGUCGUCGUCGCCCUCGUCCUCGUCAAUUUUGUCCGGAUGCACCGAGCGUCAUCCCGCGGAAGCCUACAUCGAGGAGCUGAAUUAUCAACCGGACGUGACGGCCAAUUAUUGGGAGCCGAUUGCCGCUCCCAUGAUCUCACUUGCCAAUCUGAACGCGCAACAGAAUAAGGAAAUGAUGAGCAAUAGCCAGCAGCAGCAGCAGCAGCCGCCGCCGCAGCAGCAACAGCAGCAAUUCGAGGAUCAGGAGAACGGGAAUUUAUCGUGGCUGCUCGACUUCAAACUGGACUCGUUCAUCGAAGCCACGGACGACAGGUCCGCCACGGGGCUCAUCGCGGCAACGAAGAACAAUUAUUGUGGCAACAAGAAUAAGCCGAACGGAAGGUCGCACGGUUCCAAUUACGCCAACGACGUCAAAAGAGGACACGGCAGUCACGAAAAUCCGUCGAUGUAUCGACAGGACUCAAAUCAGGCGACUUAUCCCGCCAACGGGAUCGACAGCCGCAAUUUCUCGUCUGCGUCGUCCAACGGCCCGAAGAAGCCGCCCUUCACCUACACGGAACUGAUAGAGCACGCGCUGCAGGAAAGAGGCGAGCUCACCGUCUCCGCGAUUUACCAGUGGAUCUCGGAGCAUUUUCCUUACUAUAAAAGCAAUGACGAUCGCUGGAAGAACUCCGUCCGGCAUAAUCUCUCGAUAAAUCCGCACUUCAGGAAAGGCUCGAAAGCGCCUCACGGGGCGGGUCACCUCUGGGCGAUCGCGAAUCGUGGCGAUUACAGACCUCGUCCGUUCGCGGUAAACGGCCUGGCAAACGCAAUGUCGGCGCGACAAGUAGCGCAAAAUGACUGCGACGAGUCCCGGAGUAACAAAAUCAUCAGUGACAUCAUGGACGAGGUGGAGGCCGCGACGGCGAGCAUCGCGCAGCCGAGCUCCGAGGAGGACACCGACGUUAUACUGAAUUCCGUGACGCUCGAGCACUCGGCUGAGCAAAUACUCAACGGUAUAAAGCGCGAGGUGGAAGUGCAGUAUCUAGUUCCCAUGAUGAUGACCAACAACGAUGCAGAGGCGAGUCAGCAGAACCAGCAGACGGCGCAGCAAGUGGAGCUUCAAUGCCCCUUCAAGGAAAGUGAUUUCCUAAACCCGGUGUCUAAGGAGGUCGUUGCCGAGGAAUGCGGCCUCGUGAGCGAGGGAUAUCUAGUGACGGAUCUGAAUCCGAACAGUCUGGGAUUAAACGUGGUCGAUCCCGAGAUCAUAGGGUCGGAGAAUCUCUUCGGCGAGGAGCUCAGCUUCCAGUUUUACGAAUUAACGUCGCCGUCGCAGCUGCAGUCCGCCUGACACACGGAGGGCAACAAGUUACGUUUUAUUGUGAUCGACGAACUUCAGGUACAGAACGCGCGGCCGCGCGACGUCGCCGAGACCGAGUCGGGCGUCUCGGACCGGGAGAUGAAAGUCACCAGUCGAUCGGGACAACGAGGACUGCACGAUGACGAGAAGCUGAUCCUGCUCGAGAAACUUUCGCAAUGACGAUCGCGGAAUGUUAAGUCAUUUUUAUUCGACGCGGCUGCUAAAGUAACUAGAAGCUUAACUGGACCAGCUGAGCCGGUUAACUGAUAUGCUUAACGAACGGAUAACGAGUCGAGCGCGGUACAAAUGUGAGGCAGUCACGUCUCUCAAACGCAAACGUAGUUCGAUGGUUUGAUAAUUGCGGUGAUCACCGAAGGACUUUUAGCAGGGCCCGAGAGUGAAAUCCGAGAUAAACAACGUAAUUACAUGU